AUGGUGGCUGCAUGGUCAUCAUUUACAGAGGAGUUUGAGGACCAACUUCAAGAGAUCAAGGAAGUUGAUGAAGAGGUUGGACAAGAUUUAAUAGACAAGUAUCCUCCCAAAUCAUGGUGCAGAGCCUAUUUAGAUUCAGUGUGCAAAAAUCAGCCUAUGGACAAUAGCUUUACUGAAUCAUUCAAUGCUUGGAUACUUGAAGCAAGGUACAAGCCAAUUAUUGGAAUGUUAGAAGACAUCAAGGUCAAAAUAAUGGAAAGGUUGGCAGCAAAAGAGGUUGAUGUGAGGAAGUGGAAAAAUGAUGGGUUUAGUCUCAAAAGUGAGUUGUUGUUUAUUGAGUAUUUGAAGAUUUCCAAGGUUUGUAAGGUGAGUGACAAUGGGGAUAAUGGCUAUGAGGUCACUGAAGGUGCAGAUAGACACAUUGUCAACUUAAGAGAGAAAAAAUGCACAUGCAGAACAUGGGAUCUGACUGGAAUUCCAUGUCCACAUGCAAUUAAGGACAUGGAGCACAAGAAAAUGAUACCAAAGAAUGAAAAUGAUUGGUAUUAUAGUAAGGAGGCAGCCUUGGCAGUUUACAAACACAAGUUACAACCUGUUAGGGGAGAACCAUUCUGGAAAUGUGAUCCUUUGCAUGCCAUUGAACCACCAGAAUUGGUCAAGCUUGUUGGCAGACCUAAGCUUAUGAGGGAAAGAGAAAAGAAUGAAGCAGUUAAGAGGCAAGGAGUAUGGAAGCAAACAAGAAAAGGAAAAGUGAUGACAUGUAGUAAUUGUGGAGAACAAAAUCAUAAUGCAAGAGGAUGUAAAAAGGAAAAGCAGGGGAAGCAACCUGCUAAAAAGCAGGGGAAGCAACCUGCUAAGCAAGGAAAAGAAACUAGUAGGGAAAAAAAAAGGCAGCCUAGGAGAGGUUUAAUUGAUAAAGAUGAAGUUUCUGAGGAAGACAUAAACUGCACAUCCCCACAACCAACACAAGAGAGUCAAUCUGAAUAUGUUGUUUCUAGCAGCUAA